GGCUCAUGACGUCACACAGGCCCCUCGAAGAGGGCUUGUGAGUGGCUAGAGGAGUGAGCACCAAACAGCAGUGACGCUGUGUCGGGGCCCCGCCCCCUUCCUUGGAGCGCGGAGACUCGCUACGGAAGCUCCGGCCAAUCAGAAGGAAGUCCCAAGGAUGACAUGCUCCUUUUGUUGGAUGCUGUAGCCGGUCAUAGGGAAUAAAGUUUGAGGGAAAAUUGCCAAGGCUGGGGCAAAUUUGGCUUAAUGUUUCAGAAGUGCAAAGCUGGAUAAUUCGAUUAGAAUGAGCGUAGAGGACUGGAGAAUCGGGUCAGGGCCUUUUGCUCGAGAUCCCUCCAGGCACUGCGGAUGGAGGCGUGGGGGAGCCCUGGAAUCUCAGACUAGUUUUGAAUCCCAGCUCUGCCAGUUACUAGCUUGUGGCUUUGAGUCUGACAAGAUGUACCAGGUCCCACUGACACUGGACCGGGAUGGGACCCUAGUCCGGCUCCGCUUCACUAUGGUGGCCCUGAUCACUGUAUGCUGUCCACUUGUCGCCUUCUUCUUCUGCAUCCUGUGGUCCCUGCUCUUUCACUUCAAGGAGACAACAUCUACACACUGUGGGGCUACUCCUUACAGGAUGUUCUCUGCGGCCUUGGACCCUGAUGGGACCGUGUUCCGGCUCCGCUUCACAGCCUUUGUCUGGUGGGUCAUCACUUUCCCCCUGUUUGGCUUCUUCUUCUGCAUCAUCUGGUCUCUGGUGUUCCACUUUGAGUACACGGUGGCCACUGACUGUGGGGUGCCCAAUUACCUGCCAUCAGUGAGCUCCGCCAUUGGUGGGGAGGUCCCCCAACGCUACGUGUGGCGUUUCUGCAUUGGCCUGCACUCGGCACCCCGCUUCUUGACAGCCUUCGCCUAUUGGAACCACUACCUCAGCUGUGCGUCCCCGUGUCCGGGUUACCGCCUUCUCUGCCGCAUUAACUUCAGUCUCAAUGUGGUGGAGAACCUCGCGCUGCUCGUGCUCACCUACGUCUCCUCCUCCGAGGACUUCACCAUCCACGAGAAUGCUUUCAUUGUGUUUAUCGCGGCAUCCCUCGGUUACAUGCUCCUCACCUGCAUUCUCUGGCGGCUGACCAAGAAGCACACAGUAAGUCAGGAGGAUCGCAAGUCCUACAGCUGGAAACAGCGGCUCUUCGUCAUCAACUUCAUCUCCUUCUUCUCGGCGCUGGCUGUCUACUUCCGGCACAACAUGUAUUGUGAGGCUGGAGUGUAUACCAUCUUUGCCAUCCUGGAGUACACUGUUGUCCUAACCAACAUGGCGUUCCACAUGACAGCCUGGUGGGACUUCGGGAACAAAGAGCUGCUAAUAACCUCUCAGCCUGAGGAAAAGAGAUUCUAACCCCGUCUGUGAUGCUGGAAAACAAGAAACCACUCUGGCCUUCCCUAUCUCCACGUUCUCUCUGGGCCCUUCUCAGUCUGGGGACUGGGAGAGAAGAGCGGGAAGGGUAUGACAGGGCUGACCCCAGCACUGCUGACCUCUCCCCACCACUCAUGGGGAUCUUCAAGAAGCAUCACCAUUCACUGAAAGGUCCCAAAAAACUGAGCUGGCAGGAAAGCUCCACCACUUGGUGCUAAAAAAAAAAAAAAAAAAAAAGGUCCUGAGGUUCACCAAGGUUAGGGUUCAGAGCAGUGGCUGCUACUUGAAGACCACAGCCAUUUCUCUCUGGUCAUUCAUCUGACUGUUGUGUCUAGCAAUCUACCGUGCACACCCAGAGUGUGUGCACCCAGGUGGUAGGUCCAUAAAUUUGCCCAGGUGUUCAAGAUGUACCCUCUUCCUCCCCAUCAGUUUCGUUGUGUUCCUGUGUGUGACUGGGGGUGCGCUCUACGAUCUCUAAGGGCUUUGUUUCUUGAGGUGGAAGUAGUGCUGUGCUUUGUCUUCACAGAAAACUUGUCCCAGAAGAAGCAUCAAGUGUAGGAUAUAUUUUUCUUUCCCAUCUAAAACCUCUAGCUUUUUGGAAUUAUGUCUGUAAUCUCAGCAUGUUGGAGGGUCCAUGCCAACCUGGGCUUCAUAAUGAGACCUUGUCUCAAAAAUGAAGAUGCCAGGUAUGGUGACACAUGCCUUUAAUCCCAACACAGCAGAGACAGUCAAAUAUCUGUUGAGUUCAAGCCAGCCUGGUCUACAGUUAGUUUCAGGCGAGCCAGGGCUAUACAGUAAGACCCUGUUUUAGAAAAAAAAAAAAAAAAAAAUUAAAGGACCCUAAAAUCACAGGCUUAUAAGACCUUUCCCUCCUUUGAUCAGGAGGAAGGGGUCAGAGGUAGAUUUCCCUACUCCAGAAUGGGUUCCUUGGUUUUCCUUUAUCCUCUCCUGUCCCAGGUCCCCAGCUUUUAUUUGUAUAUUUUAUUUCAAAGGACAAUAAAUGUUUUUCUUUUGC